GAUGGAGCCGGGCGGCGGCGGCGCGGUGGCGGCGGGUGCCGGGGGCCUCCUGUACUUCGCCUAUGGCAGCAACCUGCUGCGGGAGCGGCUGCUGCUGAGCAGCCCCUCGGCGGUGCGCGGCGCGGUCGCCCGCUUGCAGAAAGUCUUCAAGUUGCAGCUGAUGCUGUCCUGCAGCCUGGCUGCUGCCAUGGAUUUUAAACUCGCUUUUGGCCAUCAUCAAGGCAGAAUAAGUCCUCUGUGGCAUGGAGGUACAGCUACCAUUGUUCAGAGCCCUGGAGACGAAGUAUGGGGAGUAGUGUGGAAAAUGAACACUAGCAAUUUAAGUUCUCUGGAUAAAUGUGAUAGAGUUGUCACCUGUGCAUCGGUUGUCUGGCAUGAAAAGGUUCUCCUUCACAGGCAGGAGGGAGUCGAAGAUGGCAUUUAUGCCCCAAUAGAAGUUAAUGUCCACACUCAAGCAGGAGAAGUGCUGACCUGUCGGAGCUACCAGAUGCGUGACUGGGUCUGCGGUCCCCCUUCUCCCCAGUAUAAAAAGGUUAUCUGCAUGGGUGCAAAACAGAAUGGCUUGCCAAUGGACUAUCAGAAGAAAUUAGAAGCUAUAGAAACUAAUAACUAUGCCGGACCAGUGCCAGUCUUGGAAGAAAUUGAAGCUGCUACUAAGGCAAAGAAAACAAAUUCUGGAUAGAAUACUUCUGCAUUUGCUUGGCCAUUCACCAUGAUUUAGAUACUUUUCCUCACUCUGUUGAUCUGCAGUUCCUUUAUUCCGCAGGAAAAGAUGAUUUUGGCAUACAUCUGCAGUAAGCCAUUAGAUGCAAUGUGCAUUUUGAAAACACACAGGCACUGGUAACUUCUUCACUUUGUGUGUCUAGUUUGCGUACUUACUCAAGUGUCUGCAGAUUUGGAAAUGAUCUUUCUGUAAUUCUCAUGCAGUGCUGCAUGUGAAAUUUGUGCUUCAUAUUCUUCUGUUUACAGAGCUUUUUAAAAGAAGAAGGCCAUCCUGCUAGGAACUUGUAUCUAUUGCUGUCUGAGGAAUGAGGGCUGCAGGAUCAGGCCCUUUGUUUUUGAAUGCUGUAUACACAAUUAUCAAGAAUUUCAAAGGUUUCCUACAGUACAAAGUGGAUUCAGAACUCUAAUGUUUGUCUUUUCUUUCCUGCUAUUCGUCUUCAUGGUUUAAAACCCAACUGAUCUGAAGCUAUGGAGUUUUUGUCUUCAUUUAAAAGGUUAAUAAAGAAAGCAGAGGGAUAUGCUUUAAAAACCA